UGAGAUGAGCCCUGUGUCCUAAGAAGAGGGCCUUCAGGGGUCACAGAAGAUUGCAGGGACACGGCGUCGGGCACAGCAAGAGUCAGAUCUGGAGCUCAGGGGACAUUGUGGGGACAGGAGAACUCCUGGCAGCAAUCACCUGGACCAAGGCUUCUGCUCUCUCUUCUGGCACAGAGAGCGGCUCCUUACAGCAUCGGCUCAUCCUUGUGGAGCAAAGGCCGGCCAGGCCAGGCCAGACGAGCCAGGGCAGCGGCAGAAGCAGGUGCCUGGGGACUGUGUCAUGUGGACCAGCUGGUGGCUCUGGCCCUUGGUGGCCAUCUGUACUGCAGACCAGUUCCGGGACCAGGCAGAAAGAAUCAUGCAGGGUACACCUGUCAUUGACGGGAACUGGCUCCUCAGGAAACUUGAGAGACCCUCAGACCUUUGUAAGCACAGGGCUGCUCAGAGCUUCUUGGACAUGGCGCAGGGCUGUCCAGAGCGAUGGAGGCAGCCGGGGGCCUGUGGGCUCCCAAAUCUUGCACCUGAAGUCACUGCUCCAGAAAGGCACAACGACCUGCCCUGGCAGCUGCUGAAGAUGUUCAACAACCAGCUUCGGGAUGAGCGGGCCAACCUGACCACACUGGCCUCCACGCACACCAACAUCCCCAAGCUGAAGGCUGGUUUUGUGGGGGGCCAGUUCUGGUCCGCAUACGUACCCUGCGACACCCAGAACAAGGAUGCUGUGCGGAGGACACUGGAGCAGAUAGAUGUCGUCCACCGCAUGUGUCAGAUGUACCCCGAGACCUUUGUGUGUGUCACCAACAGCACAGGCAUCCGCCAGGCCUUCCAGGAAGGAAGGGUGGCCAGCCUGGUGGGCGUGGAGGGCGGCCACUCCAUCGACAGCAGCCUCGCUGUCCUGCGGGCACUCUACCACCUGGGCAUGCGGUACCUCACCCUCACUCACAGCUGCAACACACCCUGGGCCGACAACUGGCUGGUGGACACGGGGGAAGACAAGGCCCAGAGCCAAGGCCUGUCGCUCUUUGGGCAGACUGUGCUGAAGGAGAUGAACCGGCUAGGCGUCAUGAUCGACUUGGCCCACGUGUCUGUGGCCACCAUGAAGGCCGCUCUAGAGCUCUCCAAGGCCCCCGUCAUCUUCAGCCACUCCUCAGCCUACAGUCUGUGUGCGCACAGGCGCAAUGUGCCCGACGACGUGCUUCAGUUGGUGAAGCAGACAGGCAGCCUGGUGAUGGUCAACUUCUACAAUGACUACGUUGCCUGCCAAAGGGAGGCCAACCUGUCCCAAGUAGCAGACCACCUGGACUACAUCAAGAACGUGGCGGGAGCUGAGGCCGUGGGCUUUGGUGGGGACUAUGAUGGUGUUUCAAGGGUUCCCUCGGGGUUGGAGGACGUGUCCAAGUACCCAGACCUGGUCGCCGAGCUGCUCAGGAGACAGUGGACGGAGGCAGAGAUCAGGGGCGCCCUGGCUGACAACCUGCUGAGGGUCUUCGAGGCAGUGGAGGAGGCGAGCGACCAUACGCAGACUCCGGAGGAAGAGCCCAUCCCACUGGACAAGCUGGAGCCUUCCUGCAGGACCAAGUAUGGGUACUCACAGGCCCCCAGCCUCCACCGCCAGCUGGGGGCCCUGCUGGCCUCCCUCGCCCUGCUCCCCCUCGGCCUGUGUCUUCUAUGAGCCACGGGCACCAGGACCCUCGGGCUCCCGCGGCUUGAGGAAGACUGGUUGUCAGAGCGGCCGAGGCUCUAGGAACGCGGCUCCUGGCGCACAAAGACGGGGCUCCCAGGGGGGCUGCCUGCUGUGGGCCCACUCAGGACACGGGCACACAGUGGACCUCAAUAAAGGCAAUGACCCCUUG